UGCCCCGGCCCGCGGCCCGCCUGGCCCCGCCGCAGGCUAUAAAGCGGCAGCUUCUUGCCCCGCCGGCACCCCGGCGCUCCUCAGUAACCGCUCGCUGUCUGCGCUGCUCCGGUCCGUGCCUAUCAGCCAAGAUGUGUGACGACGAGGAGACCACCGCGCUGGUGUGCGACAACGGCUCAGGGCUGGUCAAGGCGGGCUUUGCUGGGGAUGAUGCCCCCAGGGCUGUGUUCCCAUCCAUCGUUGGCCGCCCCAGGCACCAGGGUGUUAUGGUUGGUAUGGGUCAAAAAGAUUCCUAUGUGGGUGAUGAAGCACAGAGCAAAAGAGGUAUCCUUACUUUGAAAUAUCCCAUUGAACAUGGCAUCAUCACCAAUUGGGAUGAUAUGGAAAAGAUUUGGCACCAUACUUUCUACAAUGAACUCCGUGUGGCCCCUGAGGAGCACCCCACCUUGCUCACAGAAGCACCCUUGAACCCUAAAGCUAAUCGUGAAAAGAUGACCCAGAUAAUGUUUGAGACCUUCAAUGUACCUGCUAUGUACGUGGCAAUCCAGGCUGUCCUGUCCCUGUAUGCCUCCGGUCGUACCACAGGUAUUGUUCUUGACUCCGGUGAUGGAGUCACCCACAAUGUGCCCAUUUAUGAAGGGUAUGCUUUGCCUCAUGCUAUCAUGCGCCUGGAUCUGGCUGGCAGGGAUCUGACCGACUACCUCAUGAAGAUCCUCACAGAGCGUGGCUAUUCCUUUGUGACAACAGCUGAACGUGAGAUUGUUCGUGACAUCAAAGAGAAAUUGUGCUAUGUUGCACUGGAUUUUGAGAAUGAAAUGGCCACAGCUGCUUCAUCAUCCUCCCUGGAGAAGAGCUAUGAAUUGCCUGAUGGUCAAGUGAUCACAAUUGGUAACGAACGUUUCCGCUGCCCUGAAACCUUAUUCCAGCCAUCCUUUAUUGGUAUGGAAUCUGCUGGUAUUCAUGAAACUACCUACAACAGCAUCAUGAAGUGUGAUAUUGAUAUUCGUAAGGAUCUGUAUGCUAACAACGUCCUCUCAGGUGGUACAACAAUGUACCCUGGUAUUGCUGAUCGCAUGCAGAAAGAAAUCACUGCACUUGCUCCUAGCACAAUGAAAAUCAAGAUCAUUGCUCCACCUGAACGCAAGUACUCUGUCUGGAUUGGUGGCUCCAUUCUAGCAUCCUUGUCCACUUUCCAGCAAAUGUGGAUCAGCAAACAGGAGUAUGAUGAAGCUGGUCCAUCCAUUGUCCACCGCAAGUGCUUCUAAGCACUUUUCCCUACAUUUACUUCCCACUCAGGAUGAUGACAGUAUGCUUCUUGGAGUCUUCUGGCAACCCUUCCUGAACUCCUCCGUCAUUGUACAGUUUGUUUACACACUUAUGCAAUUUAUUUGUGCUUCUAAUAUUUAUUGCUUUAUAAAUAAAGAUCUGGGACUUGCAACCUA